CGGCCAAUCGGCGGAUCGAGUUCGUGGAGCCGCGGUUUCCGCCCUCCGACGCCGGCCGAAGACUCCGGAGUUCGCGGUCCCUCUCUCUCGCUCACUGUAACUCUUCCUCUCUGGAUUUGGCGACUCGUAGUCGUCGUAGCCACAGGUAAACAGUCAUCGGCUUCCCGAAUCGCCGGACGUCCGGGAAAACUGUUGCGUUUACCGCCGCCGUCACCGAAAUAGUUCAAAAUGAGUGGUUCUGGAAAAAGUCUCCUUGGUCUUUGGCUUUACCGAACUGGAGAAGAUUGGACUCUGAGAGAAGCAUCUCCACCAGCUUCGAGACCUGCAGUGAGUGGUCGACCAGAUCCUACGAGAUUCGAUUCAAGGAACUCUGUAAUAUUCUCAUUGAAAAAUCGGGUUGGUGGACUUGCACAAGCACUUCAAGUUUUUCAAGAUUUAGGUGUAAAUGUGUUGCACAUUGAAUCUAGACCAUCCCGCCGUAGAAAAUCAGAAUUCGAAAUUUUGGUAGACGUGGAAUGCGACAAUAAAAAAAUGGAGCAGUUGACUGGGAUGUUGAAGCGUGAGGUUGCAGCUAUAAAUUUAGCGACAUAUGAGAGUGGUGCUGAAGUACCACCUCCUACUCCGAUGUCAGCGACGGCUAGUUUUGAUUUUUCAGAGUUUGAGCUUCCGUGGUUUCCGAAAAAAAUUUCCGAUUUAGAUAAAGCUCAACGAGUUCUAAUGUAUGGAACGGAGUUAGAUGCUGACCAUCCAGGAUUUAAGGAUCCGGUAUAUCGGAAAAGGCGUGUAGAAUUCGCUCACAUAGCGAACUCUUAUAAAUAUGGACAUCCAAUACCAAGAGUUCAGUAUACACCCGAAGAAAUCAAGACUUGGGGUACUGUGAUGCGUGAACUUCACAAACUGUAUGUGAAGCACGCGUGCAGGGAGUACUUGGAGAACUGGCCGGAACUGGUGAAGUACUGCGGUUACCGAGAGGACAACAUUCCGCAGUUACAAGACGUAAAUACAUUCUUGAAACGCAAAACCGGAUUUCAGUUGCGACCGGUGGCCGGGUACUUGUCCCCGAGGGAUUUCCUCUCCGGGCUGGCUUUCCGCGUGUUUCAUUGCACGCAGUAUAUGAGGCAUUCGUCGGAUCCGUUCUACACACCGGAACCGGAUUGUUGCCACGAGCUGUUGGGCCACAUGCCACUGUUGGCCAAUCCCACGUUCGCACAGUUCUCGCAAGAACUGGGUCUCAAUUCAUUGGGAGCCAGUGACGAGGACGUUGAAAAGUUAGCAACGCUGUACUUCUUCACUGUAGAAUUCGGAAUGUGCAAACAAGAUGGUGAACUGAAAGUUUACGGGGCUGGGUUGUUAAGCUCGGUGGCGGAGUUACGGCAUGCAAUUGAAUCCAAUGAUAAAUUACAGCGAUUUGAUCCCGAAGUUACGUGUCACCAAGAAUGCAUCAUAACAUCGUACCAAAAUGCCUACUAUUAUAGUGAGACAUUUGAGGAAGCUAAGGAAAAAAUGAGAGAAUUCGCCGAUAGCAUUCAAAAACCGUUUGGCGUGCGUUACAACCCUUACACGCAGAGCGUGGAAAUCUUGAGCAAUACGGACAAGAUCGUGGCUUUAGUGUCGGAACUCAGGGGUGACUUGUGCAUCGUAAGCAACGCACUGAGGAAAAUUCACGCCGAAGAUGAAGCGGUGGAGAACAUCAAUAACAUGUUACACAAAGGAAUGAACGUUAGCGGAGUUUCGCCAGAAAAGUCCCCCGAGAAGUAAAGGCACCCGGAGGACUAUUGGAUUAAAUAAAUACUUUGCGAAUAAAUAAUUAUAAUCAGUCAUCUAUUUAAUAAAAAAAAAAUAUUAGUCAGCGGAUUUAUUAGAUACACUUAAAAUAUUAUCUCGACUUAAAUCAUAGUCGUAGUGAGCGAUUAGAAACGCGACAUUGUUAUUUUACCGGUAUUACAUAUUAUUAUAUUAGUCGAUUGUAUUUUUUUGUCCCCAGAAUGAAAUAUUUAUGACGCGUAGAUAUUUUUUAUUGGCUUUAUUUUUAGUCACAUCGCGCUGUGCGUGCGAUUAUUAUUGUGCUGCACAGUUUUCUCGUUAUAUUAUUAUUAGCUGUUUAUACAGUUCGGUUGUACCCGAAACCUUUAAAUGUGUCCACAUAGGAUUGACGGCAAACCACAUUAUAGUUCCAUAGACGAGUUGCCUAUAAAACAGGUUAUUGUUAAAACAGAAUUAUAGGGAUUUUGCAUGAACAAUAAAAUUACAAUUUGUUAGUGAUUAUAUUUUAGUCGGAAGUCAGCGAAGAGUACUUAUAUGUUUAAAAUAUAUUUUAUAUUUAAGUUUGUAAUUUGGUGCAACCGGAUAUAAAUACAAUAUUUAAAUUAUAUUAAUUUUUAUGUAAUAAUUUAUAUAAUAUGUUAUUGAUUGUGUUACCUUCCGAUUAUGUUGUUAAGUACUGAGUUGCAUUAAUUAAUCACGAUUGCAAAUUAACUAAUUAUAAUAUUAUAUUAACAUACUCAUGCAGUUGUACGUAGUAAUAAAUAAUUAUUAAAACAAUAUACAUUAAUAC